UUAUGAAUAUAGCUACGAGUGCAGCUGCACUCGUGUCUCAUGAAGUUUAUACUCUUUAAUUACUCUAUAGUUGCUGCAUCAGCGGCGUCGACAGCUUGGCCCGCUCUGUUCCCAUGUGCUGGCUGAAUCAGAUGUUCGGUGGUCACCCACUCCACUACUGCAAGGCGGGCGCGAGGCGCGGGCUAAUUUUUAGCAUCAUGGAAACUUGCUUGGAGAGGGGAACGGGACAUGACCCGAACCCUGCGAAUCGCCCCUCAAUCUCCAAUCCCUCCCUUAUACUCGAUCCCGGCCCAGAAAUAAAUGCGACAAGCCUGCGCGCAUACUCUCCUUGACCAUUCCCGAGCCUUCAUACACGUCGCCGCCGCCGUGCGACUUGUUCUUCUGCGUGCGCCGCUGGUCCUGUACCGUGCCGGGUAUCGCGAUCCUGCCUGCCUGACCCGAGGUACAAACCGAAAAAGGCGCUCACACACACCCUGAGCAACAGACGUUAAAUGGAAGCCGUCGAGCUCCAGAUCCGAUGUCAUGGAGCACAAUGGCGACAGGAAUAGGCCGCGCAAGACGUCGCAGACCCCUCCUGCUGCUCCUGCACCUGCAGCAGCGACGAGCGCCACCAAGAAUCCAAAGAAGAGGCGCAAGGUGAAUCAUGCUUGUGUAUAUUGCCGUCGCUCUCAUAUGACAUGCGACUUGGAAAGACCUUGCGCCCGUUGUAUAAAGCGAAACAUCGGCCACCUCUGCCACGACGAGCGACGCGAAUCAGACUCGUCCACGAAGAAAGUGAAGGCGCGACAAAGCACCGCUGGCGAAGAUGAGGAAGGCGCAACUGCAGAGCCCACCCAGCCAGCAGAAAGCGGUAUGAGCGGCUCGCUUGACCGGCGCGUCGACCAGACACACGAGGACGCCUUGGGGGGAGUUGGCAACGCGCCGAUGCCACCACAACAAGCGCCGCUCCAGAUCGUGCAACCGUCGCCCGUUUCGGGCGCACAGGCAAACGCGUUGAGUAGAACGAGUGGGCGCUUCAUUGGGGACCGACCGAGCGAUUGGCAUGGGGCUCAGAGCCAAUACCAAGACAUGCAUAACUACCAUCCCUCCUAUAUGUUUAACACUUCAGAAUUCACGAACGAGUUUAACCUGCUCAAUGAUUUUUUGAAUAACAGCCUUCUCGACGACGGCGGACUGCUCGAGGGUGACGCUGCCCACUUCUACAACGAUCAAUCCCUUCUCAUGCCUGGAGGUAUGAAUAACAACGGGAUACCCGCCAACAUCCAGCAGAACGCCGUGCAGGCGAGCAAUCAGAAUGGGAAGGCCAUCGCGAGGCCUGCAAGCGCCAUGCCCACUGACAAGGCCAAAGAAUACUACCUUCAGGCUGCAGAUCCGACCGGCAACGACACGCCCGAAGAGCGAAUGAACCGUCUGCUACAAGCGAAGUACGACGCGGGCAUGCUGAAGCCGUUUAACUACGUGAGAGGCUACGCACAGCUCUCGUCGUACAUGGACGGUCAUAUCAACGCCUCGUCCAAGCAGAAGAUCCUGCGCCAGCUCGACCGAUUCCGACCGAAGUUCAGAGAGAAGGUGCAGAAGUUGACGGAUGUCGAGCUGAUCUAUGUCGAGAUGUGGUUCGAGAAGACGCUGAUGGAGUACGAUCGCGUUUUCGCCAGUAUGGCGAUACCGGCAUGCUGCUGGCGAAGAACGGGCGAGAUAUUCAGAGGGAACAAAGAGAUGGCUGAGCUCAUCCAUGUACCGAUCGAGCAGAUGCGGGAUGGCAAAAUUGGGAUCCAUGAGAUACUGACGGAAGACUCCCUGGUCAACUACUGGGAGAAAUUCGGUGCCAUCGCCUUCGACCAGAAUCAGAAGGCUCUCUUGACGAGUUGUUCACUGAAGAAUCCGGUCGAGGGCUCUACAGACAAGCCCAUAAAAUGCUGCUUUUCAUUCACGAUACGGAGAGACGAGAACAAGAUACCCACCCUUAUUGUUGGAAACUUCCUACCACAAUAGAGCAUCAGCUAGGAAAGGCGUAAUGAUCAAAUUAAAAAGCACGAACAAAAAAAUAGAAGUUUCUGAGAGUAGAGAAAGGCAGCAUUCUGGAUUUAUACGCAUGCCUCGUUUCCUACGUAUAUCUGAGGCGUAAUCAUCGGAUGCAAGCCACUAAGACGUUUUGGGCUGAGCCCUGUUCAGAGGGGGGUGUGUUGACGACCCUCGUGGCUUUUGUACUUCUUCUGUAGGUAGAGCUCGGUUUAUAUCUGCGCAUUCCGUUUGCCGCGAAAUAGAAUAUGUGUCCUUCCAUACCAUACUUGUUCUAUCUGUGAGGUUUCUGUGAGCUUCAUUUUGUCAAUAUUCCCCAUCCUUACUCGCAUCCAAAUGACCAAUCCAUCUCCUGGGAAGCGCCAGGCCAAAGAGAAGCGUGUCACUGCUCUUCUUUCCUUCUCUGCAACUACCCGAAGCAAACUUUCACCACUGCCGUCCGGACCUGCAUCGUUGAACCUCCAAACACAACUCUACGAACAAAUCAACGGGCUUCCCAGCAGCCUCACGUCUCUGGCCGUUUCGAAGCGCCAAGAUCUGGAUACAGAGGGCCUGACACUAUGGAACCUCGCCACACGGCUCAUGCGGGCCAAGGACUUUCCAAUCUCACCGGACCAACGGGCGACACUGCUUGCGGCGCGGGUGUUUGCCUUUCUGCUGUUGGAUGGUGGUCUAGGCAAGG